UCCGUCUUCUUCCAUUCUAAAUUCUCUCUCCAGGUUGUUCAUUCUAAAGUCUCCCUCCACCGUUCCAAAGUCUAGUUCCACGAUUUCCAACUCUAGACACAUUCUCGACAUGCUAUCGCAAUUCUCUUUCUUCACUUACGAAGUCCAAUGUUUCGUUGGUGCUUUAGUUCGCCAUUGACACCACCGCUAUUGAAGUCAGCCAUUGACGCCACCGCAAUCCUCUGGCCUAAGGCCACCGUUGACGGAUUAUCUCGAAAGGAGUCGUUUUUUCAUUGUGGUCGUUGUUCUUUCGGGAGUUGGGUGCGUUGGUCCUUCAAAAUAUUAUUUUUUCGCUAUCGAAAGGCAUAUCUGAAGCUGCACGAGAGCUUUUUAUGCAGAUUGAAGGAAAUCCCGAAAGGCCUGCUUUAUAAUCGCUACCCUAAUCUGCACAUUUAUUCAUAUCGGCCACUCCCUUCUCUGGAUUUAGUUGUGGCAAAAUCAUGCUCAGAAUUUGUGAGAAGGAAAACUUGGCUGCGUUUAGGAAGAAAUAUAUAUAUGUGACUGGAUCUUGGACGACGACAACUCCGAAGAAUUCAAAUGCUGCAACAUUUUGGAAUACUAUAGCAUUAGAAAUGUCUCCUUGGUUUAGAUUCUUCUUUUAUAGGAAAUGAAUAUAAAUUGUACAACAUUAUACUAUUUAAAGUCUAUUGUUUGGUUUUAUGUACAUGUCAACCUCUGAGAUUAAUAAUC